UGUUUCAAUUCAUGAAUUCAUUCACAACGUUAUUGAUUUACUGGCUUUCUUGAAUUCUUGAUACCUGAAAAUUAAAGUUCUGGAGAAAGUAGCCUUUUUUACGGAAAAGAUUCAAACUUGGGCGCUGUGAUUCCCUGUUUUUGGGAAUCUGGGUUAGUGGUUCCAGAAAUGACUGUUGAUGAAAGUAGAAGAAGGGUUGAAAAGGAAAAUAAUUCUGACAAUUUCCCAGUGGGUAUGCGUGUUCUUGCUGUUGAUGAUGACCCAAUUUGCUUGAAGUUAUUGGAAUGUCUGCUUCGGAAAUGCCAGUACCAUGUAACUGUAACAAAUCAAGCAAGUGUGGCACUGAAGAUGUUGAGAGAAAACAAGGACAGAUUUGAUCUGGUGAUCAGUGAUGUCUAUAUGCCUGAUAUGGAUGGUUUUAAACUGCUAGAGCUUGUUGGUCUUGAGAUGGACCUUCCUGUAAUCAUGUUGUCGGCAAACAGUGAUACUGGCCUUGUAAUGAAGGGAGUUACUCAUGGUGCUUGCGACUACUUGGUGAAACCUGUGAGGAUCGAGGAGCUGCGCAACAUUUGGCAACAUGUAAUCAGGAGAAAGACGUUCGAUUCCAAACACCAUAGCAAGUCCGGUGAUCAGGACAAUGAAGAAGAAGGUAGACAGGGGGACCAAUUAUCAGGUACUGCAGAGCAGAACGAAAAACUGAAUAAGAGAAGAAAGGAUGAGGAAGACGGGAGUGAGAAUGAAGACCCGGCAACGCAGAAAAAGCCCCGUGUUGUUUGGUCUGCAGAACUUCACAGGAAGUUUGUUGCUGCUGUUAACCAUUUGGGCAUCGAAAAAGCUGUUCCUAAAAGGAUUCUUGAUAUGAUGAACGUUGAAGGGCUUAGUCGAGAAAACGUGGCAAGCCAUCUCCAGAAGUAUAGGCUUUACUUGAAAAGGAUCAGUUUGGUUUCAACCCCACAGGCGAACAUGGCAAUGCCAUAUAUGCCAAUGGGUUCACUAGGUGGGUUUGGAGAUUUGCAAACAUUGGCUGGACCUGGACAACUUAACCGUGCUACAUUAUCACCAUAUGUCCCAGGCAGCCUGCUCGGUAGGCUAAAUAGCUCUGCUGGUGUAAGCCUUCAAAACCGUAACUUAUUGGGUUUGCUCCAACCAAGCCAUGCCCAAUCUUCUGGUAACUCCCUUGAUCUGCUCGGGAAGUUGAACUCAAAUGCUCCGCCCACAAGCCAGAAUCCGAGUUUGUUUCUAGGAACUCAAAUGCAACACGGUAAAUUCACCAAAAUCGAACAGGUGCUCAAUCCGAUGGACAACUCGAAGCUUCUCACAGCUGCUACUACAUUCACUGGUUCGGGAUCUGCUUUUGGUAACCCAAUCAAUGCUACGAUCCUUCAAGGGAACUCCCAGCAAGGACAAACUGGGGAAGGGUUUGGAAAUCCACAUUCACUCAAUAUGACUUCUUUAAGGUCUGAGCCUUUGAACACUGGUGUUAGCAGUGCUUCGAACUUUCUUGGCCAUGGAGGACCGAAUGGGAAUUUGGGGAAUUCUAUUUUGGCAUCAAAUGUUCAGCCGAAUUGUUAUCCGUUGAUGGAAACCUUUACUCAUAGCCAGUUGGAUCAGAAUCAUGUAAGAGGGAAUUAUUCGCCCGCUGGCCCUCCUUUGCAGAGCAGCCCUCUUGGUUAUAAUUCUACUUUCUCAACCUCUAUACCUUAUGAAAACUCGAGGGGACAAACACAAUACCAAGAAGGCUUCAUCGGUGAUGCUAUUCAGAGUGUGAAUCAGGCACCUACCCAAUUUUGGGGAGAUCAUAACUCAAACUCAAAUAAUGUUUUCAGCAACUCGAGCUCUCAGAUUCUUGGUAAUGGAUUAAUGCCUCCCUUAAGCCAGAUUGCUGACCAAAAUAAUGAUAUCUUCAAUAUGAAAACGGAUACACCUUUGAUUGGUCAAGAAAAUGGAGGCUCUGUGGUUCUCUUUCCGCACAAUGAGAACGCAAAUUUCAAUCAAGACUCAAGGAUGGGAUCCAAUGGAGACUACAUGUUGAACUCCACAAAACCACAGGGUGCUUAUUCUUCUCUGGAUGAUUUAAUGAAUGGAGUAAUCAAGGGGGAACAAAAUGGGCAAUUCGGAUUUGAUGAUUACUUAUUUGGGUCAUGAACAUGAACAAAAUGGGCAAUUCUUGCAGAGGCAAUCCAACGCAAGAGGAGUAAUGAUCCGAGAAGCUGCAACGAUUGGAUAAGUCUCAUUUUAUCACAAUUAGAUAAGUUUAGGUAGCUGGAAACUAUCAGAUAGUUGUUUAGCCAAUUGAUCAUUCUUAGUCUUUGAAUAGUACUGCCAUAUUAUAAAAGGGACAAGCAUAGUUUCAAUCCCAAACUCAAGGAAUUUCCUUCUUAUCCAAAUGCACUCUUUGAUUUCUC